CCGUGCAGGUUUAUAAGGAAACUGUCAUGAAUGUCGGCAUAAAGAUAUGCAUGGAAUACCUACUACGUAACACCACCAGCGGCGUGGCGGUGGCCGAGGUGGGCACACUGAGCGGCUUCCAGCCAAUCACGAGCUACCUGGACAAACAACAUCAGGUGCGGCGGUACGAGGUCGAGAAGAGAAGAACCGUGCUCUACUUUGACAGGAUACAGGCAUCACGGACGUGUGUGACCAUGGAGUAUCGACGAAUACAGCUGGUGGCCAGAACAGCUGCAGUUCCACUUCGAGUUUAUUCAUAUUAUGAUCCCAGACAAGAAGUGAUUACCUAUUUCCAGUUGCCCAAGCUGAAUAACAUGGGAGUGUGUGACAUCUGUACCACACAGACGUGUUACCCCUGUCAGAAACGCACAAGUCACAACGCUGGUGGAAUUCUUGGAUAAAUCUAUUCUGCAAACACCACAAGUUUCACAACUUUAUAAGCAGCGUCAUUUAUCAACUCAAAUAUACAUUUAUAUAUAUUUUUUUAAAUGCGUAUCUUUAAUAUUGUACUUUUCAAUUAAUUCAAA